AUGUCGAGUUUUGGAAGUAGCGACGCGACCAAACCAAACGUCGAUCCUGAGUUGCAGGAUUUUCUUAUGGCUGAAAACGAACGUGCCCGGCUCAGUGCACAGAUCCAUGAGUUUACUGACAUCUGCUGGGACAAAUGUGUGGAGAAACCGAGCAACAAACUAGACAGCCGGACGGAAACAUGUUUAGCGAAUUGUGUAAACCGUUUCGUUGAUACGUCGCUUUUGAUAACGCAGCGUUUUGCGCAAAGUUUGCAAAAGAGCCAAGGAAUGUAA